AUGGAGACCGUCAUUCAAUAUUUACUUCUGGCUCUUGCGCUGACCUCAGUGCAAAUAUCCUUUACUGAAAGCCGUCUAAAUGAAAAACGUAGAGAUAAAACUGAGAGGAGAUAUCAUGCUGUACAAGCUAAGGAUAAUAUGUGCGAAAUAACAAAUAGAGAAUCAAAAGUACACUGCUAUUGUGAAAACACGGCCAUAAAAACCGCUACACGAGCGGACUGCUGGGUUUUUAAUGGAGGUAUAGACGAAACCGAUCCAAUUUGGACGAGUUUUAGUUCGCAACCGUAUCUUGAAAGAUUAACAUUCAACGUAAGGUCAGACGGUGCACUCAAAUUCAUUCCUUUACAAGUAAUCCAUCGUUUAAAGAAAUUGCAGAAGCUAUUCAUUCAUUACGCGACAUUAAAUAAAAUCGAGAAGAAGACCUUUACAAACAUAUCCACAGUGAGAGAAAUAACAUUAAUGAAUGAUAAAAUAAUGGAAUUAGAUUUUUCCUCAUUCUCAAAUCUACCGGCACUUGUUAAUUUAACGAUAAAAGGAAACAAAGUUACUGAAAUACAACGGGACGUUUUUGUGGAUUUGCCAAAUCUCAGAUACCUAGAUUUGUCAUCUAACGCUAUCAGUCUUACUCAUGAUGGAUGUUUCGAACAUUUGAACGUUCUUAACGAUUUAGUCCUUGAAGCAAAUUUAAUAUCUGUAUUAACUAGAGAUACUUUUAAAGGUCUAGGUAAUUUAACAAGAUUAGAUUUGAGAUCGAAUAAAUUGUCAAUGAUUGGUGAUUUGACAUUUUCAGAACUGUGGAAUUUAAACGAACUCCUUUUAGACAAUAACGAAUUGAAAUAUUUAUCUGAAAGGGCCUUUGAUGGACUGGCUUUACUUCAGAAAUUAUCUAUGACUGGAAAUCAAUUGCAAUCCAUUAACGAGGGCCUAUUGGAAGGCGUAAGAGGACUGGAGUUAUUAGAUUUGAGAAAUAAUGAAAUUGAAUUAUUAACUUACGAAACUGUUAAACCAAUUCUUGAGAAUUUGAAGAUGAAAACGUCUGUCUUAUAUUUAAGCGGUAAUCAAUUAAACUGUGAUUGUCGUUUAUCGUGGAUUCAACUAUUGCGUAAUGAAACUAAAAGUGAACCUCUCCGAAUAGCACUUGACGAUGUAACAUGUGUUCCUAAUACUGCUAAAAGUGUGGGUGCUUCUAACGAUUUGAAUGGAGACAUAGUACAGGACGAAAAAUCUCUUAAAACCGAAAACCUAUUCGAAUUGGAAUCUAGCAGUGACGUCUUCCAACAGGACGGCAAUGAUGAAGAACUGUUUGGAGAGAGUAAUCCAUCUUAUAAGUUUGAAGCAACUUUAAAACCCAUCCCUAAUCAAAUUGCAUUAGUUGAUAUACCGACGGAAUCUUUGCCGUGUCCGGGAGAGCUAAUACAGAACGGGGAAGAUUCUUUAAUGCUUUCAUCGAAAGAUGAAAGUUAUUGGCAACCUAAUUCCAGUUUGAAGAUAUUAUCAAGUUUGUCGUUAGUGCUUACGUUAGUAAUAAUAAGUUUUGUUCAUUAAGAACAAAAUAUUAAUUAGAAUGGAUUUCUAAAGGACUUGAUUCUUAUAACAUCUCAUUGUGUUGCUUAUUCGAAUAAAUGAAGAAGACUGGUUAAGGAUAUGUAAUUAAAUUUAUCUAUAGAAGACAAUUAUUUGGAUGGUAAUGUUGAACUGAAUCGCGUGAUGGUAAUACGAAUUUAGGGCUUAAAUUGGUAAGAUUAGUUUUCGUAAUCAGAAAUAAUUAACAACGUUGAUUUAUUAUAAUGAAAGGG